CUCAUCGCCAUCACCGCCUCACAAAAAGUCUAGGUCAUUUUCCAUCACACCACCCACACCUUCCUUGUUCCUGCACAGCGGCUAGCUGUGUUCGAUUGAUCCAAAAUGACGACCAUGGAUUUGCGUGUCGGUAAUAAAUACCGUAUCGGUCGCAAGAUUGGUAGUGGCAGUUUCGGUGACAUCUACCUGGGCACGAAUAUCAUCUCCGGCGAGGAAAUCGCUAUCAAGCUCGAGAGUGUCAAGGCUAAGCACCCCCAGCUGGAAUAUGAAGCCCGUGUCUACAAGUCCCUCGCCGGUGGCGUGGGGAUUCCCUUUGUGCGUUGGUUUGGAACCGAAUGUGAUUACAAUGCCAUGGUGAUCGAUCUCCUCGGCCCCAGCUUGGAGGACCUGUUCAACUUCUGCAACCGCAAAUUCUCGCUCAAGACCGUGCUUCUGCUGGCCGACCAGCUCAUCUCCCGCAUCGAGUACAUCCAUGCCAAGUCGUUCAUCCACCGUGAUAUCAAGCCCGAUAACUUCCUCAUGGGCAUCGGCAAGCGGGGGAACCAGGUCAACGUGAUCGAUUUCGGUCUCGCCAAGAAAUACCGUGACCCCAAGACACACUUCCACAUCCCUUACCGUGAGAACAAGAACCUCACCGGAACCGCUCGCUACGCCAGUAUCAACACCCAUCUGGGUGUCGAGCAGUCCCGCCGUGAUGACAUGGAGUCUCUCGGAUACGUUAUGCUCUACUUCUGCCGCGGUUCGCUCCCCUGGCAGGGCCUCAAGGCUGCUACCAAGAAGCAGAAGUAUGAUCGAAUCAUGGAGAAGAAGAUGACCACUCCCACCGAGGUGCUCUGCCGCGCCUUCCCCAACGAGUUCGCCAUCUACCUCAACUACACCCGCUCCCUGCGCUUCGACGACAAGCCCGACUACUCCUACCUGCGCAAGAUCUUCCGUGAUCUCUUCGUCCGCGAGUCCUUCCAGUAUGACUAUGUCUUCGACUGGACCGUCUACAAGUACCAGAAGAAUGCGGCCAUGAUUGUGGACGCCACCAAGAAGGACAAGGAGGGCGAAGACCCCCAGCGCCGCGCCGUCACCGCCGCACCCAUGGCCACCCCGCCCGCUGCCAAGCCCAGCGCCGUCUCGGGUCAGCGCCGUAAGGUCAUUGAACGCGGUGCCAGUGGUGUCAUUGAUACUCCAGACACCAACCGUGCUGUCGGCGGUAGCGAUCGGAUGUGAGUAUCUGUAACCUGGGUUCCGUGCAGGGAACGCCGACUUCUUUCUUUUCCCUCCUCUUCAACACUCUGCGUUCGGUACCUUUUUAUAGUGAACGACGCUUGCGUGGAGAACAGCCCACUGCCUCUCGUUUUUUCUUUCCUCUUUCUUUCUAUCUUUCUUUUUUCCUUUUAUUUUUUUUUACUUGAUAUUGGAAUCUGACUAAUCUCAUAGUCUUCGGCGUUAGGCUGCGUUCUGCUUCUAAGAUGGCUGCUUCGGGUGCAUAUGCACCUGUAGCUGGCCGUUCGAAGCGGGACGAUGGAACUGGUGCU